CCGCCUGGUGGGGGCCCACCCGCCUGGUGCUGCUCGGCUCCUGUGUACUCCGCGUGGUUGGAGUAGAUUUCUUUCUGCUCCCGCCGCCACCGGCCGAUCAGAUCCAGCGGUUUCACCCGGCGGCGGCGGCGGAAGUCGCCCGCCGGCCAUGUCUCUGGCGGCGGCGUGGUGCGCGCAGCACCGCCUCCGGUUCCUCCUGCCGGCCCUCUUCCUCGCGCCCGUCCUCUACUUCCUGCUCUCGCCCCCGUCCUCUCCCCCCUUCUUCAGCGUCCCCGCUUCCGGAGAGCUGCCUCCUCCUGGCUCGCGGGUCAUAUGGGCGCAGCGGCGGCUGGUGGAGUGGCGGCCGUGCGGAUGGUGGCAGAAGGCACCGAUGCCUGCUCCGUCCAGGAGGAACGGGUACGUGAGAAUAGACUGCUACGGUGGGCUCAACCAGCUGCGACGUGAUCUAUGCGAUGGAAUUGGGGUUGCACGUCUCCUGAAUGCGACAAUGGUUCUGCCGAAGUUUGAGGUUGCCGCCUAUUGGAAUGAGUCUAGUGGCUUUGCAGAUGUUUUCGAUGUUGAUUACUUCAUUGAGCAGACCAGAGGAUAUGUCGAAAUUGUGAAGAAGAUUCCUGCAGAGAUAGCAUCCAAAGAGCCGUUUAAGGUUGACUGCAGCAAACGGAAAGGACAUUUUGAUUAUGUCGAAACAGUACUUCCUGUUCUCUUGGAGCAUCAAUACAUCUCCUUGACACCUUCCAUGAAUCAAAGAAGAGAUAGAAACCCCUCUUAUGCAAAAGCUUCUUACUGCCAAGGUUGCUACAAUGCACUCAGGUUGAAUAAAAAGGUGGAAUCCAAGGCUAUUGAGCUUCUCCAAACUAUACCAAAACCCUUCCUAUCCCUUCACCUGAGAUUUGAACCAGAUAUGGUUGCCUACAGUCGAUGUGCAUACACUGGUCUUUCUUCCAAAUCACUGGACUCCAUUGAAGCUGCACUUGGGGAGGGUAGGAAGGUAUUGACUGGUGAUUCUGCCCGCCUGUGGAGGAACCGCGGAAAGUGCCCUCUGAUACCAAGUGAAACAGCCUUUAUCCUUCAAGCGUUAGGCAUUCCUACAAACACAAACAUUUAUUUAGCUGCUGGCGACGGGCUAAUGGAACUUAAGGGCUUCACAUCUGUUUACAAAAAUAUAUACACAAAGUCAUCUCUCCUGACUCAUGAAGAUUUUGAGAGGAUGCAUGGAAAUACAAAAGCUGCUCUUGACUAUUAUGUUUCAGUCAAUAGUGAUGCGUACAUUGCCACAUUCUUUGGAAAUAUGGAUAAGAUGGUAACUGCUAUGAGAACAAUGCAAGGUCUCCAGAAGACACUAGUCUUGAGUAGGAGGGCUUUUGCAAACUACACUGCUGCUGGAUUAGCAGGAGAGCAACUGUCUAAGGCAAUGUGGGAUGCUCAUCGAGAGGAAUAUAUCAGGGGCAGGGGAUCGGCUCUGCCUGAGUACUGCUUUUGUGAGGUAAAAUUGUAGCACAAGUGGCACAAGGGUUACCAUAAACGAGCACCUGCCAGUUUAAAGCGACUCAUUGGUCAUGUGAUUGUGUGAAUAUGAAUGAACUAUUACUGCAAUGUGAUUAUUGCUUAGGCUUCACAAGAAACUGUUUUUGAUCUGAUGGGCUUCAAUUGGGUAUAGAGAAGGCUUGGCACUCAUACAGAGAUGUAUUAAGCCUUCUGCAUGAGCUAGCUGCGCUAUUGUAUCUUGCAGUAGUGGCACUGCAGCAACAGACUGAUAUGUCAGCCUGACCAAGGAAGGGUUGGGCUUCAUGGGAUGCCAGGACGAUGGCUGUCGGCUGAUCUUUCAUGGACCACCACCUUGCGGUGCGUGGUGCGUGUUAUCGUCACAGCAAGUUAUCUCAUCUGUCUAGGCUACUUGUGAUGAGAAGGCAAAAGAUGGACUCCUCUGUUCCUAACGCUGUUCACUCCAUUUUAGCUAGAUUUGAUGAAAAUUCAGCACAAUGUUUUGCCAUAUUUGCUGAUAUUUUAUACGCAAGGAUGAAUCCUCACUGCUGCUUUGAUGAUGCGUGUACAAGUUUUGCGCGAUGUACUGAUUUAAACCACUAGUUUGUAAUAUAUCAAAAAUAGCAUCCAAUUCAAAUUUUCGUCGAAUUUGAAAGUC